CUUUCGUAGAUCCAAGAUAAAGGCGGGGUGUAAAAACGAAAACAAAAGUAGCCAGAGUUAGAGAAGCCCUGUGAUUUUUAUCCUCUGCACUCAAGACUGCUCCUCUUUGCUGGCUGAAACAGAUUGCAGUCAUGGCUUUGGAGCAGAACCAGUCAACAGAUUACUACUAUGAGGAAAAUGAGAUGAAUGGCACUUAUGACUACAGCCAGUAUGAAAUGAUCUGUAUAAAAGAGGAGGUCAGAAAUUUUGCAAAAGUUUUCCUCCCUGCCUUUUUCACAAUAGCUUUCAUCCUUGGACUUGCAGGCAAUUCCAUAGUUGUGGCAAUUUAUGCCUAUUACAAGAAACAGAGAACCAAAACAGAUGUAUAUAUCCUGAAUUUGGCUGUGGCAGAUCUACUCCUCUUAUUCACUCUGCCUUUUUGGGCAGUUAAUGCAGUUCAUGGGUGGAUAUUAGGGAAAAUGAUGUGUAAAGCAACAUCAGCCUUAUACACAGUAAACUUUGUCUCAGGAAUGCAAUUUCUGGCUUGUAUCAGCAUAGAUAGAUAUUGGGCAGUAACUAAGGCUCCCAGCCAAUCAGGAGUGGGAAAACCUUGCUGGAUCAUUUGUUUCUGUGUCUGGACAGCUGCCAUCUUGCUGAGUAUACCCCACCUGGUUUUUUAUACAGUAAAUGACAACAUGAGGUGCAUUACCAUUUUUCCCCACCACCUAGGAAAAUACAUGAAAGCAUCAAUUCAAAUACUGGAAAUCUGCAUUGGAUUUGUCAUUCCCUUUCUUAUUAUGGGAGUAUGUUACUCUCUAACAGCAAGGACUCUCAUCAAGAUGCCAAACAUUAAAAAAGCCCGACCCCUCAAAGUUCUGCUCACAGUUGUCAUAGUUUUCAUUGUAACUCAGCUGCCCUAUAACAUUGUCAAGUUAUGCCAAGCCAUAGACACCAUCUUCUUUCUGAUCACUGACUGUGACAUGAGCAAACGCAUGGAUGUUGCCAUCCAAAUCACAGAGAGCAUCGCACUCUUUCACAGCUGCCUCAACCCAAUCCUGUAUGUUUUUAUGGGAGCCUCUUUUAAAAAUUAUAUUAUGAAAAUUGCCAAGAAAUAUGGAUCCUGGAGAAGACAGAGACAAAAUGUAGAGGAGAUUCCUUUUGAUUCUGAGGGUCCUACAGAGCCAACCAGUUCUUUUACCAUUUAAAUGUAAAACUGUUCUACCUUUUGCUUGGAUACAUAAGAAUGAUGCUUUUCCUUUUGAUAAAAAAAAAAUUGCAGGGAAUCUGAAAUUCAUAUCUCAAACACUGUUGCUGCAACUUAUAACAAAGAAGGAGUUGGGGUCAUGGUGGAGGUAGAAGCCAAAAAGAAGAGGGGACAAUAAAUACACAAAAUAUGAAAAUUAAAAUUGAUGA